UUGGUUAAAUUUGAAGGUACGAUAUUUUAUUUAAAAUUUCUUUUAUAUGGUUUUAACAUGUAUUAAUUUUGUAGGAUGGAAUAUCAUAUCGACAACGAUCUGAGGGCUCAUUCGGGAAAAGUUACGACGUAUUGUAACUUUUCCAGCUAUGCGACAGUACUUGAGGGGCUGGACGAGGAGCAUAUUGACUUACUCCGUCGAUCAUUUUUAUGGUCGUUCUAUCCGUUGAAGGACGUGCAAUUCUCUGGACAGAUUGUUGAUUCUUUAUUACUCCGGCUGCUUAAACCAGUCGAUGGCGAUCAGUUAUAUUUUGCUAUUGGGGACGGGAAGCUUUCCAUGGGGUCAGAGAUGUUACACCGAUACUCUCCAUGUAUUCAGAAGGGUACACACUAUGCCGAAAUCGGAGAGGGGCGAUCGCAAAUAUGAU